AUGGACGAGCAAACCCCGCUGGAGAGAUUGCCGGCUCUCUUCAGGCAACUUUACGACUUGCCCUCGUCCGAGGUGCGGCAGAGCAGCCAUUUUCGAGCGAUCCGGUCAGACUACCACGACAAGACCGAAAUCCUAUCGUCUAUCCCGGUCCCGUCUCGACGCUCACACCGGCCACUUCACCUACUACACACUCUGUUGACCGAGAUCCCGGGUCCAUGGCCUGCCGUGCCCCUGAUCAGGUGCUACUCGCGUCUGUGGAAAUCGCUCCCGGAAAAGAUCAAGUCUAGCCCAGGUGGAGAGCUUUCCUCACUGCUCAGCAGCACGUCAAGACUAGUCAAGCGCUCGUACAACUCUUUUUCGGACUUCCUUGGCCGGACCACCGAUCCAGCACUUCGAAGCCCUCAAUCGGGCGAUUCCAUCACCCAUCAAGGCUUGCACGAUUUCGCCAAGAAAUUCCGACUGCCCAAUUCUGUGACGACUCGGAAGCCCGUGGUCGCCAUCGCCCUGCCCAACGGGCCGCUGCUGGCAGCGACAUGCGUUGCGGUGACGACUUACUACACCUCGGCCCCUAUCAAUCCGGCAGCAGGCCCUGAGCAAUUCCGUGCCGAUGUGGCUCAAGCUAGCGCGCAGUUCAUACUCACCACGGCGGCAGAUUAUGAGCGACUUCAGCUCAACGACGCAUGGGUCAAGGCCGCGAACAUCAAGGUUCUAUUUGUUGAGUGGGAUGGUGGUGACGGCAUCGCGCUCACGACGCCGAGCGGGGAAGUUCUGUUGACGCCAGACGAAAGUCCAGCGCCUAACACGGCAGAUGAUGUGGGACUUGUUCUCUUCACAAGCGGGACGUCGGUCUUUGUCAUGGACUCAUGGGGCCUAGACUCGAAAGACAUCUGCCUAAACAUGAUGCCGUUGUACCAUGUCGGUGGCUUGGUGAGGAAUAUAUUCGCUCCAAUUUUCUCGGGAGGCUCUACCGUCUGCUGUAACGCCUUCGAGGCAAGCUUGUUUUGGGACGUUGUUGAGGAUGUGCAGCCAACGUGUUGCGUGGUGCUCCCCAGCUAUGGCAUGACAGAAUGCAUGCCAAUCUCAACACCGCCGCUCGACUAUCGACUGGAUCGUGAAGGCACCUCGGGAAUCAGCACUGGCCCUGAGCUGACCAUACUUGACCAGUCAGAAGCCGAAGUGCCGCCCGGCACAGUCGGCCGGAUUUGCGUGCGGGGAGAGCCUGUCUUCCCUGGCUAUCUGCUCCCCGAUGGUUCGUUUGACAAGCGACCAUUCAACGCUGAUGGAUGGUUUGAUACGGGCGACUUGGGCUUUAUGGACACUGACGGCUAUCUUUACAUUACCGGAAGGAGUAAAGAGGUAAUCAACCGCGGGGGCGAGUUGAUCUCGCCGUUCGAGGUGGAAAACGCCAUCAUGACGGCCACCAUGACCGACACUCCUAUUCGCGGCCGCGUAAGCCAGGCCCUCGCCUUUUCCGCUUCUCACAGCGUCCUGCAGGAGGUCGUGGCCGUGGCCCUGGUCACACCUGCCAAUACGCCUCGGGUCGAUUUGAAAGCAUUGCACAGCGCGCUACGGUCGUCACUCCAGCAAGCUAAGUGGCCUGUACUCAUUGCCUACAUGGACGAUCUGCCGAAGAGGAAUAACAAGGUCUUACGCAUCAAACUCGCCCAACGGCUUGGCCUUCCAGAAAUGGAAGACGACAUGCCCUACCUGCGAAGGCAUUGGCAGGCCUCUUGCCCGCCAGCAGACUCGGCACUGUCGGUCCCCAUCCAGUCAUCACCGUGUUCAAUCGACUAUGUGCUUGUGUCGCAAGCGUUGAGCAGUAUAGUGCCAUCGAAUCUCAGGUUUCACUGCCACAAAUACCCCACGGACGAUGUGUUUGAUGUAAUAUUGGCUCCGGCCAAGACGACUUCUCCUAAACCGCAGCCCCGGGCUGCCACUGAGCUGCAGAAGCAAUUAUGCGCUUCUUUACACAACUAUAUGUCGCCCCAGCAGUUUCACGUUUUGCCGGACCCGAUGCCCGCGGACAAGCACGGGGAUGUCGAUGAGACUGAGCUUCGGCAAACCCUGGAUUCGCUACUGGGCGCAACGCUGCACAAGCUUGAUGAGACCACGGAUGGCAGGGUUGUCAAGGUGUUCGCAGAUGUUUUAUCCCGGCACCCAACAGAUAUCCCGGCCGACGUCGAUUUCUUCAGUCUUGGCGGUGAUUCCUUGCGAGCCGGCCGUUUGCUGUCGGCUCUCCGGUCCACUUUCAAUGUGCAGCUGCCGAUCAGCAUCGUAUUCAAUCAGGGCACGGUCCAAGCCAUCUCGGCGUACAUCGACAAAGUCGCUGCAGCGGGUCCGAACGAUUACUGCGACGGCCGCAUCGUCGGUUGUACGACGACGAACAGCUCGACAAACCCCCUGCUGAUGGCCCUGCAGCUGCUACCACUGGUAGUUGUAUAUCCAUUGCGGCGAGCUUUCCAGUGGACACUGUUUGUCCUGGCUCUCAGUUACACUCAGAACUGGUCUACACACGCAUCUGUGCCUGGCCGUUUUGUCAACGUGUUGUUGAGCAUAACUCUGGCGCGGCUCAUCGUCCGAUGCAUUGCCCCCUUCGCAGGAAUCGCCGCCAAGUGGAUCAUCAUCGGCCGCUAUCGCGAAGGUCUAUAUCCCAUGUGGGGUUGGUAUCAUUCACGUUGGUGGAUGGUGCAGAAGAUCGAAAGCAUUUGCGGCAUGGGUUUAUUUGGCGUGAGUGAAAGCACCACACGGAUAUACUGCCGCCUGAUGGGUGCUCGUGUUGGCAAAAAUGUUAAGCUUGCCGGAGCCGCGCUGGGCGAAUGGGAUCUGUUGGACAUACGAGAUGGAGCCGUGCUGACACGCUGUAUAUGUCGACCGUUUGCCGCUGAAGGUAACACAACCAUGUACCUGGGCAAGAUUGUCGUGGGCGAGAACAGCUCUGUCGGGAUCUCGUCGAUUGUCGCAGCCGGGUCGCGCAUUCCGCCAAACACCUGCAUUGGCCCGAACUCGUCCAGCUGGGAGAUGGAGGACGCCGAGGAGGCCAACCGCGGUCUUUCUCUUGUCGGGCACGCGAAGCCACAUUGGCUCUUGACACUCUUACUCACCAUGCCCUUGGCCCUGGUGGCUUGGGUUUUGGCACUCUUGCCCUGGGCCGGAGGGCUUAUGGGCAUGGUGCUCAAGCAGCCUCACGAUCACGACACACCCCUGAGAGACGUCCUCGACUGGUUCGCCGCCGCAGAGCGGGUUGCCUACCACUACCUCGCACUCAUACUGAGAACCUUCUUCGCCCCAUUCAUCAUGUUCGCCUUCACGGUUCUCGUCAAGGUCGUCCUGGAUGUCUUGUUCGGCGAGCUUGGACCCAGCUCUUCGAUGAGUCACAGCGCAAUCGCGGCGUGGCGAGUGGAUUUGAUUAGGAGGCUGAUGCCUGUCCGCAAGCUCCACGAGCUAACUGCUCUUUUUGGACAACACUACGAAGCGACGUCCGUCGCCUUUCGCAUGCUGGGAAGCAAAAUUGGCAGGCGCGUGUAUUGGCCCGGCACAGGCCCAAGCGUUGGCGACUACCACCUGCUCGAUGUCGGCAAUGACGUCGUCUUUGGCUCCCGAGCUCACCUGGUCACAUCGGACGGUACGGGGUCUGAGAGAAUCACCAUUGGUGACCACGCCAUGAUCGCCGACCGCGUCUGCCUGCUCCCCGGCGUCAUCAUCGGCGAGGAAGCGACGAUGGGCUCUGGUUCUUUGACCCGAAGAGGCAAGAGUUAUGACGCAGGUGGUACCUUCGUCGGCUCCAAGGGCGGCGACGCCGUGUGCCUUACCACGGGCCGCGACCGACUAAACGAGAAGCAUCGUCGCACAUGCUUCAACCCCAUGGGCAGCGAUGUGACGCUCACUGGGGAUGGCCCGAUGCCCCCAAAGGAGCCGAUGCGAGCGCGGAUUCAACACAUGAGCAGCGAUGAUACUUUGACUGAGACGCGAAAAUACUCGCGACAAGCACGACGCGAGAAGAACCCGGACCCAUACUCCUCAUCUGACAGCGACUCGGACGACAAUGAGGAUCCGCCCGUUUCUGAAACCGGUUCGCCCUUUGGACGCGCCUUCUACAUGAAGCUCGCCCCGUAUCGCGUGCUUGGACCGUUCUCGAUCUUCUGCUAUUCCACAUUCAUGGCUGUGUUCACCGCCUUCUACUGGAAUGUUUCGAGUGUUUCAUCUAUUCAGGUGGUGGAUGCAAUGAUGAAUCACUUGGUCGACCGCAGAAACAACAUUGGGGCACAGGCCUUCUUUCUCUUCUGCCUGUGUUCUUUGGCCAUGGCCAUUCUCACGACGAUACAAGCUGUGCUCGCCUUGGCCAUCGUGAUAGCGGCCAAGUGGGCUCUCCUUGGCCGACGACAGCCGGGCAAUUACGAUUGGGACAAAUCGUCAUAUUGUCAGCGGUGGCAGCUCUUCCUGAGCAUUGAAAGGCUUCGGAGACAAUGUUUUCGCGGCCAGGGGGUCCUCGGUCUCUUGACUGGGACCAGCUGGAUAGUCUUCUACUUCCGCGCCCUCGGUGCAAAGAUUGGGAAAGAUUGCGCAAUCUUUGCCAACGGCUGCCCCAGUCUCAUGUUCACGGAGCCAGACCUGAUCACUCUGGGCGAUCGUGUAGUGGUUGACGAUGCGAGUGUCGUUGCUCACAUAAACACCCGUGGGAAAUUCGACCUGAAUAGGCUUGAAAUUGGUAGCCGCUGCGUCCUGCGUACCGGGAGCAGGUUGCUCAGCGGGGCCAUGAUGAAGGACGAUAGUUGUCUGCUAGAACACACACUGAUCAUGGGCGGGGACGUUGUAGAAGAGAGAUGGACCAUGCAGGGUUGGCCCGCCGAGAGGUUCGGUGGCCAACGCGUAGACAUGGAUGCUGACGUCAAGACGCCGGGUCGAUAUAGCGUAUAG